CCUAUUUCAAAGCUUCCAGAUGGAUUUUCACAGUUAUUAAACCUAACACAGUUAUACCUGAAUGAUGCUUUUCUGGAAUUCUUACCAGCCAAUUUUGGCAGGUUAACUAAACUCCAGAUUUUGGAGCUUAGAGAAAACCAGUUAAAAAUGUUGCCAAAAACCAUGAACAGACUGACUCAGUUGGAGAGGCUAGAUCUGGGAAGUAAUGAAUUCACAGAAGUGCCUGAAGUACUUGAACAAUUAAGUGGGUUAAAAGAAUUUUGGAUGGAUGAUAACAAACUAUCGCUUGUUCCAGGGUUUAUGGGCAGUUUGAAGCACUUGACUUACCUGGAUAUUUCCAAAAACAACAUUGAAAGUCUUGAAGAAGGUGUUUCAGGAUGUGAAAGUUUACAAGACCUGCUAUUAUCUAGUAAUUCACUUCAGCAGCUGCCAGAGUCCAUUGGUUGUCUAAAGAAAUUAACUGUUCUUAAAAUUGAUGAAAAUCAAUUAAUGUAUUUGCCAGACUCCAUAGGAGGGUUAACAUCAAUUGAAGAACUGGAUUGCAGCUUCAAUGAAAUUGAAACUUUGCCUUCAUCUAUUGGGCAGCUCUCUAAUAUAAGAACCUUUGCUGCAGAUCAUAAUUUUUUAACACAGUUGCCACCAGAGAUUGGAAACUGGAAACAUGUAACUGUUUUGUUUCUGCAUUCUAAUAAAUUGGAGGUCCUUCCAGAGGAAAUGGGUGAUAUGCAGAAAUUAAAAGUUAUAAAUUUAAGUGACAAUAGAUUGAAGUAUUUGCCUUAUAGCAUUUUACAACUGCAACAUCUGACUGCUUUGUGGCUAUCAGAUAAUCAGUCUAAACCUCUCAUUCCCCUUCAAAAAGAAGUUGACCCAGAAACACAGGAAACAGUUGUUACUAAUUAUAUGUUCCCACAACAACCAAGAUCUGAAGAUGUUAUGUUCAUAUCUGAUAAUGAGAGUUUCAAUCCUUCACUGUGGGAGGAGCAAAGGAAACAGCGUGCUCAGGUGGCUUUUGAAUGUGAUGAAGAUAAAGAUGAAAGAGAAGCACCGCCUAGAGAGGGUAAUUUGAAGAGGUAUCCAACACCUUAUCCUGAUGAGCUGAAGAAUAUGGUCAAAACAGUUCAAACAAUAGUACACAGAUUAAAAGAUGAAGAAAACACAGAAGAUACUAAUAAAGAAGUAAAGCAAGAAAGCCAGCAAGUUUCAGUAAAGGAUAUAGGAGUAAAGACUUCAGAAAUUACUCCAGUGAAAAGCAAAAUGGAAAAUGAGCAGAAUAUUACAGGAAACUGUGUGCAGAAACCUAAUGAAUCGGAUGAUGAGAACAGUACCAGAAACUCACAGAUUCAAGUUAAAAUCACAGAAAACGUGAAGCCAAUUGUUAACCAUGAAGAUACUCUGGAGGAAUCAGAAGAACUAUCUUCUGAUGAAGAAAUGAAAGUAGCAGAAAUGAGACCACCUCUCAUAGAAACUUCCAUUAACCAACCAAAAGUAGUAGCACUUGGCAGUAGCAAAAAAGACGACGGUAAAGCAGUGGAUUCUUCGUCUGAUGAUCCCACCCAUAACAGCAAUCAGAAUAAUAGCAAUUGUUCCUCUCCUUCCCGAAUGUCGGAUUCAGAAUCUCUAAAUACUGACAGUAGCCAUGAAGCAUCAUUGUGUUCUCCAGACAGAGAAAUUACCAUGACUGUCAAUACCAAAAUCAGGCAAGAAGAUGAAAAUUCUAAUAGUCUUUUACAAAAUGGAGUAGAAGUAAAUGCCACGAUAGAAGAAAAAAUGAACUCUCAAGAUAAAAUUACAAAUUUCUCUGAAUUCAGUUUAAAUAUUGAGGAGAGAUUAGCUUUAAUAGAGAAAGGUGUUGAGCUAAACAGUGCUACUGAUGAGUCUCACAACUUACAUCAGAUCAACAGAAAUAUCUGCAAAUUAACUGAAGAGGGAAUACAAUCAAAUGUAGUGAAUCAAAUAAAAUCAACAGAAAUAUCAAUUAAAGACUUUAUAAAUGACCAUAUAAAAGAAGAAAUUGAACAGUUGGAAAAUGAAAAUAAAUAUUCAAACUUAUGUCCAAUAAAUAAUAUCAAUGGACAUUCUGAAGGUAUGCCACACUCUGCAGGAAAAUCAGAGCUGAAGAGAAGUGCUACCAUUGAUACUGAUUCUUCUUCAGAAAUGUGUCUUUCAAAAAGUACUGAAGACUUGUCUCCACAGAGGAGUGGGCCAGUUGUGAAAUCCCAUAGCAUAACUAACAUGGAGACAGGUACUCUAAAAGUCUGUGAUAUUAUCAAUGAGAGUGGAUCUCAGCACCCCAGUCCAGUAAUAAAAUCAGCAGGUAUGGCUCCAGAUGGAAAAAAUAUAGUCCGGAGCAAGUCAGCUACUCUCCUGUAUGACCAGCCAUUACAAGUAUUUCCUGGAUGUUCAUCAUCAUCUGAUUUAAUAUCUACAAAAACAUCGAUUAAAUUUGAUUUGAAUCAUAACCCUGAAGAUACCAAUACAGUUAGAGGGCAAGGGCCGAAUUCUUCACAGCCAUUCACUACUCCUCAAUAUAAUGUACAAUAUAGUAGCAGUAUUGUACCCAAAGAGUCUUUGUGGCUCCAGAAACAAAAUUCUGUAGUUGAACAAAGCUGUUUGUCUUCUCAGCGCUUGCCCAGGUUGGAUAGUGCAGAGAGCUGCACUUCUGCAAAACAUUCAGCCAACAUGAAUUUCUCUAACCAUAACAAUGUUAGAGCUAGUGCUGCCUAUAAUAUGCACCAAAGGAUGGGUGGUAGGCAUAUGGAAAUGUGGGCUGUUUCCCCAAAUGACAGGCAUCCUUCUGGAGCAACCCGAAAUACUCUUCAGCGACAGAGUAGUGUUUCUUCUACUGCUUCAAUGAAUGUUGAUUCUGGAUCUUCACGGCGUCCUCUGGUUCCUGAGGGGGAUUAUUUAACGUAUAGGGACUUGCAUUCAGUGGGAAGAGUCCCACCAAUAAUGUCAGGGCCACAGAGACCUCUUUCUGCAAGAACACAUAGCAUUGAUGGACCAAAUGUACCACGACCUCAGAGUGCCCGCCCUUCAGCAAAUGAUAUACCAGAGAGAACUAUGUCGGUCAGUGACUUCAAUUACUCAAGGACUAGUCCUUCUAAAAGAACAAAUCCACGAGUUAAUUCUGAAUACUCUCUGAUAGAUCCCCCAGGAAAAAAUAAAGUUCCUCAUGACUGGAGGGAACAAGUACUACGGCACAUAGAGGCCAAAAAGUUAGAAAAGAGCAUGCUGUCAAGGUCCUUUAAUUCCAAUUAUGCUCCAGUUAGCAACUUUUACUAUGGCAGCUCUAGGGAUCUGCAUGGCAGCCAAGGCAAUGUUGCUUUGAGUGUUGCAGACGGAAGAAAUUCUGGUGUUCCUGUUCUUCGUCACCCCCAAACAUCCAAUCCAGUAGAGGAGGAUGUAUUCAUUUCUGGACAGCAGAACUAUUCAACUGCCACACUUGGUCUCAAAGAGAUUGUUCCAGAUACAGUUAAAAAACUUCCUGUGCAGGUAAUAAGCUAUAUGAUUCAUUAAUCACAUGUGAAUAUGCAGUU